CUAGCAACGGAUCUACAGUAAUCUUAAGAGCAAGUUAAUUUUUUCGACGCGUCGAAGUGAUGACGUCAGUCAGGCCACGCUUUUUCACUCCUGCUCAGGUGUCGGCUCACAACACGUCAGCAGACCUGUGGGUGUCCUUCCUGGGUAAAGUGUGUGACCUGACCCCCCUGGUGAAGCAGUACGAGGGUGAUGUUCUGCUACUGCCCAUCUUAGAGUUUUCAGGAAAGGACAUAAGCAGCUGGUUUGACCCUGAGACCAAAGAUGUGUUAACCUUCAUCCAUCCACUGACCAACUGUGUGAGCUAUUACACGCCCAGGGGACGUUUCGUGCACAUUCCCCCUGCUGGGCCUCGCUCCGACUGGGCCAGCGACAUCGACCCAGCCUGGUGGAAAGACCAACACUACGAGGUGGGGCGACUGUCCUCUAAAACCAGGUGGAUACGGGUCAUCAACACACUGACGUCACAGGAGCAGCGACUGGAGGUGUGUUCCGAAGAGACGCUGGCUGAAAUCCGGGAGCGUUACCUGCCCUACAACUCGCACGCAUGUAGCUACACAUGGAAACACAACGGAGUGUGUCUGGACAUGAACAAGACACUGAGCGAGAAUAACGUUCCGGACGACGACGUCAAGCUCCAGCUUCUGCGCCUUGACUGUGACCUCUUCACCCCUGCCAUCCUCCUCCACUUUAAUGAUGACCUCACUGAGGGAUGACCUGUACAAAAGACUGUCUCUGUAACGCUUGUUUUCUUUUUGUGUCAUUGGGUUGCUUGAGUGUAAUUCACUUUUACAACACUGGAGGGGGCAUUGAACGCAUCAUUGCAGGUAGCCCGAAUGCAGCUGAGAUAGGCUCCAGCAACACCCGCGACCCCGAAAGGGACAAGCGGUAGAAAAUGGAUGGAUGGAUGGAUGAAGGUGGCACAGGGGUUAGUGCAUGUGCCUCACAAUACGAAGGUCCUGGGCUUGGGAUCUUUCUGUGUGGAGUGCGGAUACUCCGGCUUCCUCCCACCUCCAAAGACAUGCACCUGGGGAUAGGUUGAUUGGCAACACUAAAUUGGUCCUAGUGUGUGAAUGUGAGUGUGAAUGUUGUCUGUCUAUCUGUGUUGGCCCUGCAAUGAGGUGGCGACUUGUCCAGGGUGUACCCCGCCUACCGCCCGAAUGCAGCUGAGAUAGGCUCCAGCACCCCCCGCGACCCUGAAAGGAACAAGCGGUAGAAAAUGGACGGGAUGGAUGCAUCAGCAAGCUAUGAAAGUUACUGUGGACUUCUUUGUCAAUUGUUUAAUUGGCAGUGUGCGUCAAUACAGAGCGAGUUACUGUAUAUGCACUUUAAUAUCACUUGCUAUGUGCUUAAAACUGUAUUGCAACUCAUUUAGUCCUUUUUAUUGUAGUCUAAUGUAGACUGACCAUACAUCCUCUUUUCCACGGACAUGUCCUCUUUUGCGGGGCAGUCUGGGCAGGGUUUCUUAAAUGCCUCAAAUGUCCGGCAUUUUGAGUCAGGGUUGCGUGUAUUUUCAAUGUAUGUCCAGGGUUAAGAAGGGGUUAAAAACAAAACAAAUUGUGAAGGUGUGGGCACGCAGCAGCAUUCAUGAGGAAGGGGCAGAGACAGAGAGAGAGCGAGAGAGCGAGGGAGUGGAUUGAUUGACAUACUUGCCAUCCCUACCGAUAUUCCUGGGGGACUCCCGAAUUUCAAUGCCCCUCCCGAAAAUCUCUCGGGACAACCAUUCUCCCAACUUUUUCCCGAUUUCCACCCAGACAACAAUAUUGGGGGCAUACCUUAAAGGCACUGUCUUUGCGUGCCGGCCCAGUCACAUAAUAUCUACGGCUUUUCACACACACAAGUGAAUGCAAUGCAUACUUGGUCAACAGCCAUACAGGUCACACUGAGGGUAGCCGUACAAACAACUUUAACACUGUUACAAAUAUGCGCCACACUGUGAACUGUUGGAUGCAGAUCAGAAUCAUAUCCAUAUUUAAGUGUUACUUCUUUCUAAACUCCUAUAGUCAUAUAAAGAAUAGCUGGUAUUCUUCCUUCUUUUGAGUCUCAUAGUAAGGUGUCGGCCUUCUAGAUUGGAAUGUGUCAGAGUAGAGAUAACUCGGAGUAGUCUAAACAACGGGA